AUGGAAGAUCUGCCACCUGGUUUUAGGUUCUACCCAACAGAAGAAGAGUUAGUUUCAUUCUAUCUGCAGAAUAAACUUAAAGGAAGGAGACAAGACCUCGACCUGGCUAUACCAGCGGUUGAUAUUUAUAAGUACAAUCCAUGGGACCUCCCACAAUUUGCAGGGGAGUUAUGUCAAGGAGACCCGGAGCAGUGGUUUUUCUUCGUUCCUCGGCAAGAGAGAGAAGCCCAUGGAGGAAGACCUAAUCGACUCACGACUAUCGGAUAUUGGAAAGCCACUGGUUCUCCGGGCAAUGUUUACUCGAGUAAUCAAAUAAUUGGAGUGAAGAGAACCAUGGUUUUCUACCGAGGAAGAGCUCCAGGUGGUAGAAAGACAGAGUGGAAGAUGAACGAGUACAAAGCCUUAGCCGGAGAAGCUUCUUCUUCAACAAGUGCAGCUCCAAAGGGAAUAUGGAACUAUUUGAGAGGAUCUGGAGUUCAACUCAGCAACAACAAUGGUGAAACUAUAUUUCAGGAAGAAGACUUUGCGUAUUUCAUUGAUUGA